CGUUUUUCCACUUCCGGUUCCAUCUCGGUGUCGCUCUUCAGCUGUAAAUACGGCGGGAAGUUAUAGUCAGUUUAGCCGGUCAUUAUUAAGACUUCAAGAACCCAGUUUGUUAACGACUUGUAAAUCAUUAAUUUUGAUGGCAGUGUAACGGAGAAGCCGGUAGCAUUGAAUUCGAGUGGGCGCCGUGGGACUCGCUGAUGAUGGCUAACGUCGGGCUGGUAGCGCAGGCCGUUAGCAAGCCUGCGCCAGGAAAACACGGCAAUGUUUUACCGCUGUGGGGCAACGAAAAGACUAUGAAUCUCAAUCCAAUGAUUCUCACUAAUGUGCUAUCCUCGCCCUAUUUCAAAGUUCAGCUGUAUGAGCUAAAGACGUAUCACGAAGUUGUGGACGAAAUCUAUUUCAAGGUAACUCAUGUUGAGCCUUGGGAAAAAGGAAGCAGAAAGACCGCAGGCCAGACGGGAAUGUGCGGAGGGGUACGCGGGGUUGGGACUGGUGGAAUUGUAUCGACUGCUUUCUGUCUCCUGUACAAGCUGUUUACACUCAAGCUGACUCGUAAACAGUUGAUGGGUCUAAUCACACACACCGACUCUCCUUACAUCAGAGCACUUGGCUUCAUGUACAUAAGAUAUACUCAGCCCCCAACAGAUUUGAUUGACUGGUAUGAUGGCUUCUUGGAUGAUGACGAGGUAUGUCACCUGGAUGCCCAUUGUGCAGCAGGUGAAUUGGAUAUUGUAUCUCAGCACUGUUGGUUUGUGUGUGAACUGGAUGUGAAGGCAGGAGGUGGAUGUGUGAUGACGAUUGGAGAAAUGCUGCGCUCCUUCCUGACCAAACUGGAAUGGUUCUCCACUCUGUUCCCUCGUAUUCCUGUGCCUGUGCAGAAAAUUAUUGACCAGCAGAUAAAGGCGAGGCCGCGUAAGGCUGCUCAGAAAGAGACGCCGGAUGAUGAGGCAGCCAGCACAGAUGCAGGAAGGCAGUGGGAGCGCCACCGCUCAAGGACCCCUAGACGAACUCCAAGCCCCAGAAGGUCUCCAAAACGGUCAAGGAGCAGGAGCCACCACAGAGACCGCCACGGACCCGGCUUUGAUCGUGAGCUGGAGAGGGAGCGUGACCGUCAGAGGAAGGAAAGGGACGGCAGGGACCGAGAUAGGGACAGAGGAGAUCGGGGGGACAGGGAGCGACGUCGGUCCCGUAGCACAGAUAGGAACCAAGACCGACGAGAACGUAAAAGAAGUCACAGCGGAAGCCGGGACCGCAGAAAUGAACGUAGAGAGAAAGAGAGGGAUGGUGGGGAUGACCGAAGUAGGAGGAAGGACAGGGACCACCACAAGGAUAGAGGCUCGGAGAGGGAUAGAUCCAGGGACAAGAAAAGCCGGGGAGAGACUGAUGACAGGAGACACAAGGAUGACAGGGAGAGGCACCGAGAAGAAAGGAAGAGUAAAAGGUCCAGCCGAAGUCGAAGCCGGGAAAGAAGGCACAAAAGUGGUAGAACAGAUGGGGGAGAGGAGAAGAGCAGGAAACGAGAGUGCAGCCACAGCAGGGAGCGGGAGCGAGACGGAGAACAGCGUUCUCACAAACGUAGUCGCAGCAAAGAGAGGAGCCAUCAUCAACGAGAUUCCAGUAACGACCGAAGUAAACAUAGCGAACGCCUACGGAGUCGGAGUACUGAGUAAUGUCAGUUCAGAGAAAUGUUAGCCUCUACAUCUGUGUAUCUGCCCCCCCCCCCCCCCCCCCAAGUGUCUGUCACUUGUGCUCAAGAGAACAAAUGUAUCAGAUACCUGGAAUUGUCUUUGGCCAAUGUAAUAUUACUUUAUCUUUUCUUGCCAUUUGCUCCCCAUUAGACCAUCAUUAGAGUUGAAUUAUGAAAAACUGUUCAAAAAAAGGCAUUUCAUAUAUAUUUUUUUAAUCCCCCACCCCAAUCCAACAAAACUAUGAGUUUGUACAUAAUGUUUCGUGCGCUGUCUAUACACGAUAAAGGGUUUGACUACUGUCACGGUUUCAAAGUCACCACGGUUGAGCUCAUCUCUGAUGUGUCGUAUAAUUUAUGUAUCUUAUUGAACAGAAACUGAUGUCAAGAAAAAAAUUUCUUCAGUUGGACUGAUACAUUAGUCCAGCCAAUCCUGACAAAAAUGCUCUUUGCAAGGUCAGCAGUGACUGUUGAAGUUUAAAUCAUUUGUUUGUGCCCAGUGGUAAUGUGGCUCAGUUGAUCAGUAUGUCAUGUACAGACAACAUGAGAAUGUUUUAUUCUUGUAAAGGGCAGCCUGCAAACUAUUUUUUUUUUUUUUUUUAUUACAACACAGCCCUGCUUUACUCUUUGGGUGAAUGUUCUGUUGGAUUUGUUUUCUAAUAAAACCCUUUUACAAAGAG